AUGGAUCAAAUGGACGAACGUGGUUUGAGCCAUAAUAACGUUGCUCUAGGCCUCUCAAAGAGCCUGCUCUUAUCCCAAACUGAAACCUCCAAUGUGGUCUUUUCGCCGAUGUUGAUCGAGUUGUUGCUUAACUUGAUCGCUGCCGGUUCCAAGGGAACAACCUUGGAACAGCUGCUUUUGCUUCUUAAAUCCGAAACAACCAAAGAGCUCUGCACCUUUUCCAAUAAGCUUAUCUCCACUGUUUUUGCCGAUGCGAGUGCCGAAGGUGGACCUCGUUUGUUAUUUGCUAAUGGCGUUUGGAUUGACAAGUCUCUUAAUCUCAAGUCCUCUUUCAAAGAGAUUGUUGAUAAUGUCUUCAAGGCUACUUCUACUCAAGUCGAUUUCCAAACCCAGGCUGAUGCAGUGACCAGUGAAGUGAACGCUUGGGCUGAAAAGGAAAUGAAUGGCAUUAUCAAAGAAAUUCUUGCUUCUGGGUCUGUUGACAAUACAACCAGGCUCAUCUUGACAAAUGCACUGUACUUCAAAGGAGAUUGGAAAGAAAAAUUUGAUGCAUCGGCUACAAGAGACUAUGAUUUCCACCUUUUGAAUGGGAGCACAGUUUCUGUGCCUUUUAUGACAAGCUUUAAGAAGCAUUUUAUCCAUGCUUUUGAGGGUUUUAAAGUCCUAGGGCUUCCUCAUAAACAAGGCGAAGACAAACGCCAAUUCUCCAUGUACAUAUUCCUUCCAAAUGAAAAACAAGGGCUCCCGGCUUUGGUAGAUAAGGCAACUUCUGAACAUGGGUUCUUUGAUCGCCAUCUUCCUCAGCAAAAGGUGGAAGUGGGUGACUUGAAGAUCCCAAAGUUCAAGAUUUCUUUUGGGUUUGAAGCUUCGGAAGCUCUGAAGCGACAAGGUUUUGUGCUGCCUUUCUCUAGUCAAGCAGAUUUGUCAGAGAUGGUGGACUCCUCUGUGGGGGGCAACUUACUUGUCUCAAGCAUAUUCCAUAAAUCCAUGUUGGAAGUAAAUGAAGAAGGGUCAGAAGCUGCAGCUGCUUCUGCUGCUGAUAUGACAAUGAAGAGAGGUGAUACAACAAUGAUGGACUUUGCAGCUGAUCAUCCAUUCUUAUUUCUAGUCAGGGAAGACAAGAGUGGAGUGAUCCUUUUCAUUGGACAAAUGCUCUAUCCCCUUCCAUUUUGA